CCCACCCACCCAUCCAUCCAUCCAUCCACACACCCACCCAGCCCGCCGCCCCUCUCCGCAUCCCGGCGCGGCGGGAGCGCGGCGGCAGCGGCGGAUGUACAGCCCCGGGGAAGCCCCGCGGGAGCGCCCGGCCGGCGGAACAUCUUCAGACACUGAUUUGCAGAAGAUUCUGGAGCACAGAGGAGCAGCUGAGGGUCUUCAGUGUGUUUCUCCUCUUCUCUAAACUCAGCAAGUCAUCUUUAACCUUCUGGAUGUCCAAGCCUUUCACCUUAAACUUCAAGCUUUACAUUUUCUGCCUGAUAAGGGAUCAGCCUCUCCCCCGUUGGGAUUUUAGGGAGCUGGGGAGCUGAACUCCCUCUCUGGCCAGCAUGGCAAAGGUUAGAGCCCUUUUAACUGUGUGCCACUUGGUGCUAGAAUUGUUACUGAAUUCAUUGACUGAGUCUUCCAUGCAGAGCAGUGAAUGUCCCCAGCUCUGUGUCUGUGAAAUCAGGCCCUGGUUCACACCACAGUCCACGUACAGGGAAGCCACGACGGUCGACUGCAACGACCUUCGACUGACAAAGAUCCCCAGCAACCUCUCUAGUGACACCCAAGUCCUGCUGCUACAGAGCAACAACAUUGCAAAGACCACAGACGAGCUCCAGCAGCUCUUUAAUUUAACAGAGUUGGAUUUUUCACAAAAUAACUUCACAAGCAUCAAAGACGUGGGACUCUCAAAUCUCACCCAACUCACCACUUUGCACCUGGAGGAGAACCAGAUCACGGAGAUGACCGACUACUGCCUGCAGGACCUCUGCAACCUCCAGGAGCUCUACAUAAAUCACAACCAGAUCAGCAGCAUCUCCGCAAAUGCAUUCUCUGGCCUGAAGAAUCUGCUGAGAUUACACCUCAACUCCAACAAAUUAAAGGUCAUUGACAGCCGUUGGUUUGAUUCGACUCCCAACUUAGAGAUUCUCAUGAUUGGAGAAAACCCAGUGAUUGGAAUACUGGAUAUGAAUUUCAAGCCGCUCUCAAAUUUAAGGAGUCUGGUUCUGGCAGGGAUGUACCUCACAGACAUUCCUGGCAAUGCCUUGGUAGGUUUGGAUAGUCUUGAAAGUCUUUCCUUCUAUGACAACAAACUGGUAAAAGUUCCUCAGCUUGCGCUUGAGAAAGUUCCCAAUUUAAAAUUCCUGGAUCUCAACAAAAACCCGAUUCAUAAAAUUCAAGAAGGGGAUUUUAAAAACAUGCUCAGAUUGAAAGAGCUUGGGAUCAACAACAUGGGAGAACUGGUUUCCGUCGACAGGUACGCGCUGGACAACCUGCCCGAGCUCACAAAGCUGGAGGCCACCAACAACCCCAAGCUGUCCUACAUCCACCGCUCGGCAUUCCGCAACGUGCCCGCCCUGGAGAGCCUCAUGCUCAACAACAAUGCCUUGAAUGCAGUCUACCAAAAGACCGUGGAGUCCCUCCCAAACCUGCGCGAGAUCAGCAUCCACAGCAACCCCCUCCGGUGCGACUGCGUCAUCCACUGGAUCAACUCCAACAAAACCAACAUCCGCUUCAUGGAGCCCCUCUCCAUGUUCUGUGCCAUGCCUCCGGAAUACCGGGGCCAGCAGGUGAAGGAAGUGCUAAUACAGGAUUCCACCGAACAGUGUCUUCCAAUGAUCUCCCAUGAGACCUUCCCCAAUCACCUCAACCUGGACAUCGGCAUGACGGUGUUCUUGGAUUGCCGGGCCAUGGCAGAACCGGAGCCAGAAAUUUACUGGGUCACUCCUCUGGGCAAUAAAGUCACUGUGGAAAGCCUCUCUGACAAAUACAAGCUCAGCAGCGAGGGCACCUUGGAAAUCUCCAACAUCCAGGUGGAAGACUCUGGGAGAUACACCUGUGUUGCUCAGAACAUAGAAGGGGCUGACACGAGGGUCGCCACCAUCCGGGUGAACGGGACGCUCCUGGAUGGGACCCAGGUCCUGAAAAUCUACGUCAAACAAGCCGAGUCACAUUCCAUCCUGGUCUCCUGGAAGGUCAAUUCCAACGUCAUGACUUCCAAUUUGAAAUGGUCGUCGGCCACGAUGAAGAUUGACAACCCCCACAUCACGUACACCGCCAGGGUGCCAGUGGACGUCCACGAGUACAACCUCACACAUCUGCAGCCCUCCACGGACUACGAGGUGUGUCUGACCGUGUCCAACAUCCACCAGCAGACACAGAGAUCCUGCGUCAACGUCACGACGAAGAACGCGGCCUUCGCGCUGGACAUCUCCGACCAGGAGACCAGCACGGCCCUGGCGGCCGUCAUGGGCUCCAUGUUCGCCGUCAUCAGCCUCGCCUCCGUCUCCGUUUAUGUUGCAAAAAGGUUCAAGAGAAAAAACUACCACCACUCACUGAAAAAAUAUAUGCAAAAGACCUCCUCAAUCCCCCUGAACGAGCUCUACCCUCCCCUUAUUAACCUCUGGGAAGGGGACAGCGAAAAGGACAAGGACGGCUCUGCAGAGACCAAGCCGACCCAAGUGGACACAUCCAGAAGCUAUUACAUGUGGUAACUCAGAGGAUAUUUUGCUUCUGGUAGUAAGGAGCACAAAGACUUUUUUGCUUUAUUCUGCAAAAACGACGAGUUGAAGACUUUUGUAUUUUUGCCUUUGCUGGUGCGUGGCAGAGCGGAGGGACAGGUGGAUAUUUCAGGAGUUUUUCGUACAGCGUAUCGCAGCGGUCGGACCCAAAUGGCAGCUUCACCCGCCUUCCAAUUCUCCGGUAUUUUAUAUUAUUUUCCUUUUUUUUUUUUUUUAGUUCUUGUGCUCGACUUACUGCUGUUCUAACUCCAGUGCUGACAGAGGAAUGAGAGGCUGUCCCGGAGCCAUCCCGAGGUGCAGGAGCUCCCGAGCCAACCCCAGUUUGGGACCUGCGGUGAACUGGGAUUGUGAGCCCGGUCUGAGGACUCGGACCCUGAGAGAAGGAGACCCUGAAGGAUGUUAGUUGACUGUACUGUAAUGUUGUAUCAACUGAUUUGAAUGUUUUUGACUUUGAACAAUGAGUUCCCUUUUUUAUCAUUAUUAUUAUUAUUAUUAUUAUUAUUUUUGUAGUAGUUGAAGGCUUAGGCAAAGCUAACAGGCAAUAGGAAUAUGUACAUCCGAUUUUCUAAUGUAACAGACUAAAUGGUAUUUGUUCUCUUCUUCUUUUUAUUCUAUUUAGUAGACACUUUUGAAGAAUUACUAGAGUUUUGUUGUGUUUAAAUCACCAACACACGGUGUUUAAUGAAGGCAGAGCUAUAAUAAAUUUAGUUUGGUUCUGAUUUUUUUUUUAUUUUAGAAGUCACAAUAAUGUAUUGGGUUUAGCUGUCACUAGUUUGACUGGUGAUCAUGUUUUGACAUAAAAUAUAUCCAAAAUGUUAUAUAAAAAUAUUGUGGGGGUUUUUCUUAAUGGAAUUACGUUUCAGCAAAGUUCCAGGUUUUGUUUUUUUUAUGCAUUUCUGUUAUAGCAGUGUUUUCUCUGCGUUAGAUGCAAAAUACUGAAAGUAAUUUAAUGAGAGCAAUGUCUCGGUAUGGCUUUUGGGCUGAGAGUCACAUGCAGAAUCCAAACUGUUUGGCAUCAGGAACACAGCAAAAAUAAUUGAGAAGACUGUGUACCAGGCCCUUUUCCUUUUUUUUUACUUUUCUGUUUAUAUUCUGAGCUAAGAUCAAAAUGAAGCUGACAUUUAGCUGUCAUUACCAUCAGUUAGGACAAAAAAACAACUCAGUGCUACCAAACGGAAACAAACCAGUUGGCAUAUACUUAAAAAAAAAAAAAAAAAAGUUAAUUGGAUUCAUAUUCCUUUAAAAGCAGAAGUUAAGAUGAAAACUAACAAGAAAGUUAUAUUUGGGUCCAGCACUGAACUGUAUUUUUUACAGGCUGAAAAUUCUGAGUACCUGACUGAAAUGCUGUGGUAAAAGUGCAAACCUCAGAGAGCAGGGGUGUGAUGUGUGCACUGGGUACAACAUAAAGGCAUCAUUUACAGCUGAACCCA